AAAAUCAUUCCUACCUAUUAUAUUCCCGAUUCGUACGCGAGGCCGAUUUUACAGAUAAAAUAAACAUCACGAAUACGGAAAUUUUCUCGUUUAAUGUGUAUUUUUACAGUAGUAUGAAUUGAAUAAGAUUUUGAUUGAUGUUUUAUAAUAAAUUGUAAUAAAAUUGUAAAAUUUUGUAAGAGUCAAGAAAUGGGUCGUAACAAAUCAAAAAGUGGAAAGGCUUCAAAAAUGAGGCGCCAUUCUUCAGUAGAUGAUUUAUCUUGUAGACCAUACAGAUUGCCAAUUGAUAGAAAUCAAAUUCGAAAUGAAGAUGCUAUUGAUUGUCCACAGAAUGGGCAUGAAUAUCUUUAUAUGGCUAGAAAAGCAGAUGACAAUUUACCACCAGUUAUGACUGCUACUAAUGUAGAAUUUCAACAAUUUAUUAAUAAAUAUCAUAAUAAUGCACGUGAUUACAUUGUUCCAGCGUUAGAGCUACCUGAAAUUAAAAUGAAAAAUUUGCUACCAACUAAAGCAGAAAUAAUAACAUAUAUUGAACAAUAUGAAAACGCUAGAGCCAAGUAUGAAGACUGUAAAAAAGAUAUGAGAAGCAUUCCUAAACAUUCAUUGCCUUCUUCAUAUUCACCUACAAUUUGGUUCACUUAUUUAUUUGGAAAACAAAUUAAUUCGUCAACUCCUGUUAACCCAGUGUGCAAUAUUGAUAAAUGUAUAUUUUUUACUCAGGAAGAUUGUGCUUAUGUUAUAUCCAAUUUUGUUCAGUGGAUAACAAAGAAAGUUGUUCUACCAAGUGAUGUAACAUCAUGGACAUUCUCUGUAUAUUCAGUAAUGGAUUGUGAUCCAUGUGAAACAUUAUUAUCAGACAUGCGAAUUCUUACACAGUUUUUUAUAAAUGCUCGAUCUAUAAUUGAAGAUCAUUUGGAUGUGUCAGUAUUAAGAUACAGUUGUUUAAUAAACAUAGUUGCUGAAAAGUUCAAACAACAUGAUCUUGGUGAUAUUAUUAACUAUAGAGAACAUUAUUCAGGUACCAGAAAAAACCAUAAACCAUUAUAAAAAUAUUACAUUUAUAUUUAUUAUUACUUUAAAUUGUUAUACGAAUAAUUAGUAUCAAAUUAUAAGUUUUUUUUAACUAUUUAAUAUAUUUACAAACAAACUUAAGUGAAGUAUUAUUGUUUAUUAUAUAUAUUAUAAUAUAUUUAAAGAAAGACUGAAACUUUUGUUAUGAAUUAAGUAUUAAAUAUAACAAUUAAUUUAAUGUUUUAUUUACAAGAAUCUACAUUAAAAAAUAAA